AAUUGGCGGCUUUGAAGGCGCAGCGGGCGGGAACAGCUGCUGAGGAAUGAGUCCGGCGGGCGAGGUGGGCCGUGCCAAAGGGAUGGAUGAAACUGUUGCCGAGUUUAUCAAGAGGACACUCUUGAAAAUCCCAAUGACUGAAAUGAUGACAAUCCUAAAAGCCUGGGAUUUUUUGUCUGAAAAUCAACUGCAAACUGUAAACUUCCGGAACAGAAAGGAAUCUCUUGCUCAGGACUUGGUUCUGCUUUGUGAGGAGAACUGUAUAAGUCUCGAUGAUGCAGCCCUUUUAGAAAUCAUUUAUACUCAAUUUCAUCGGCACCAGAAAGUAUGGGAUGUUUUUCAGAUGACUAAAGAACCAGGUGAAGACACUGACCUUUCCGAUAUGGAACAAUUCAAAAGUUCAUUUAAGAAAAUUCUUCAGCGAGCAUUAAAAAAUGUGACGGUCACCUUCAGGGAUGCUGAGGAGAAUGCAGUAUGGAUUCGAAUUGCCUGGGGAACACAGUAUAGAAAGCCAAACCAGUACAAACCUAUUUACGCGGUGUAUUAUUCCCAGACUCCAUAUGCCUUCAUUUCUUCCUCUCGGCUGAGGAGCAAUAUACCCCUUCUAGGUCAGGCACUGACAGUUGCUAGCAAACACCAUCGGAUUAUGAAAAUGGACCUCAGAAGCCAAUAUCUGGACUCUCUUAAGACUAUUGUUUUUAAACAGUAUAAUCAGACCUUUGAAACUCACAACUCUACUGCAUCUCUACAAGAAGGAAGACUUGGACUAGAUAUAAAUGUGGAUCCAAGGAUCAUUCAUGAAAACAGGGUAGAAAAAGAUAGAGUCCAAAGAGUGACUCAAGAAAUUUUCGGAGACUAUGCUCAACCAAGACUAGAAUUUGCACAAUACAAGCUUGAAACAAAAUUCAAAAGUGACUUAAAUAGGGGCAUCUUGGCUGAAAGAGAAGAACCCCUCCGGUGCCUAGUAAAGUUCUCUAGUCCGCAUCUUCUGGAAGCGUUAAAAUCCUUAGCACCAGCUGGUAUUGCAGAUGCACCACUUUCUCCAUUGCUCACUUGCAUACCCAGCAAAGGAAUGAAUUAUUUUAAAAUUAAAGAUAAAUAAGAUGUAUGUUGUUUUGGAAGCAUAGCAUCUCCUUGACUAUGUUGCAUACCCAUUUCAAUUAAUGGCUUGCUAGAUAACUUCUGUCUAAAAACUUGUAUUUUAGAAAGUAAUCCUUGAUACUGACAAUUUAGAAAUGUUCAAUAUAAUUGUUGGGAAUAAUUCUUUCCUCUUCCACUGUGUGCUCCCUCUCCCCCAUAUCUUGCAAAGCAUAGCAGUUGUGGGCCUUUAGGAUGUGACAGGAUAUCCUUUUUCUCAUUCCUGUCUCUCCUCGAUCCUGGAACCUUGGAUCACAGAAAAAAGCACCAAGAAACUACACCUCACUCAACUUUCUAGGAGAAUCAUGAAGUUGGUCCAUUCAGAGGGUAGAGUUGGAUCCACUGAGUUACUAUUGCAAGAGGCAGCAUAUCAUAUGAUUCAGUUAUAUAAAAUAAUAGUUUUGUUGUAAAUGUGAUACUUUUAUAAUCUAUUUUAUCAUACGUAUGGCAUUCAAACUGACCAAUAUACCAAUAUGUGAAUAAAGAUAUUUAAAAACUA